GGCCAGCACACAAGCCAAUACGCAAACAUUGCAAAGGAAGGGGGAAACUGGUAGUUGGCAACCCAUAUAUCAGUUGAAGACUAUGCCGAUAGACGUCGCGUUGUCUUAACGUUCCUGCAUACAAGGUAUGUCCAUCUUUGCCAGACAAUACUUGAAAUCUGAUAAUCUGAUUACAAGUGGUUGGUUGUGCACGGCCAAACAUCUCUCCAGAGUAUUAUUUAUAGGCUAGCUAUGUACAGUAUAGGCUACUGACCAAUGACCCUUGGCCAGGGCCAUGGCGCAGCACAACUACAGUAUGUCAAGCCAAUUUAACUGAAUUUAACCCUUAUUACAAGACACGAGAGAAGAUCCUAUUGGUGGUUAAAUGACACCCUCCUCGUGCCGACUGAGAUGCAGUUAAAAUGGUUAGUAAAGGCCAUCAACAAAUGACCAAAUGAAUAAAGCCUUCUGCACCCAAACUAUUUUGGCCCGUUCAACUCAACGCGACCAAAUGUGUUCAGUGAUGAAAUUAUGCAGUUGUAUUAACUUCUUCAUGCAUCCAAAAUACCAAAUAACAUACAUGGCUACAUGUGCAUGCCUCUGCGUAAACGUGGAUGUCCAUUUAUUGUAGGACUUGGCUGUUUUGCCGUUUCACGCGUUCCAUGGACAUCAUUUGUGUUUAUAGACAAUACAUUUAGCCUGUACACAGAAAACACAAUUAGCAACCUCACCACAAUACCUGGGAUUGAUGAUGUCUGCUAACCAAUAGGACUAGAGUAGGGGCACUGGAGUAGGAACACGCUCUGUUAUUUGGUGAGUGAACGUUGGUGGGGGGAGAAUGGCUUCUCCAAUAGCCGAGCAGGGCCGUGGUCACAUGACGCCCCCCUCCUCUCUCAUUCAUCAGGGGUGGACUAUGUUGUCUUUUCAAUUCAUUUAUCUGCAGGAAUGAUUGCGACUAUCAGUCUGGAGCUCACCGCCUGACUGAGGAGGUGAAAGUUGCGCCACAGGAAGAUAAACCGCAAAAGACAAUAUUGUGCAUGAUUUGCGUGUGCAUCGGAUGAGAGGGAGUGGGGAAUAUUCCUCUUCACUUGAAAGUAAAUAGAAAUCCGGCAAACGGAGUUUGCUCAGCUCACCGAAGUCAGAGAAAUAGGCAGAGUCGGUAGUGGUAGUGGCGUGAGUACUUGUGCGUGAUUUCACAUUCUUGCUCUCAGUCGCCUCUGUUUCAGACUGAAGAUGCUGCUGGACGCGGGACCUCAGUAUCCGACCAUUGGGGUGACUACUUUCGGCUCCUCCAGGCAUCACUCAACAGGCGAAGUCACGGACAGAGAGGUGGCUUUGGGCAUCAACCCCUUCGCAGACGGAAUGGGCGCUUUCAAAAUCAACCACAGCUCGCACGAUCUUGGAUCGGGGCAGACGGCGUUUGCCUCGCAGGCGCCAGGCUACGCGGCAGCUGCCCUCGGACACCAUCACCAUCCCACUCACGUCAGCUCGUACUCCACCGCAGCCUUCAACUCCACCCGGGACUUUCUGUUUCGGAAUCGGGGCUUCGGGGAUGCCACUAGUGCACAGCACAGUCUCUUCGCUUCCGCAGCGGGAAGUUUCGCGGGACCACAUGGACACUCUGAUGCUGCGGGACACCUGCUCUUUCCGGGACUUCACGAGCAAGCCGCAUCGCACGCAACUUCCAACGUAGUCAACAGUCAGAUGCGUCUGGGCUUUUCGGGGGAUAUGUACGGCAGAGCAGAUCAGUACGGCCAUGUAACGAGCCCGAGGUCAGAGCACUACGCCUCGACCCAACUGCACGGGUAUGGCCCCAUGAACAUGAACAUGGCUGCCCACCACGGCGCCGGCGCCUUCUUCCGUUAUAUGAGACAGCCCAUCAAGCAAGAACUCAUCUGCAAGUGGAUCGAACCCGAGCAGCUCUCCAAUCCCAAAAAGUCGUGCAACAAAACUUUCAGCACGAUGCACGAGCUCGUGACCCAUCUAACGGUGGAGCAUGUCGGGGGUCCCGAGCAGUCGAAUCAUAUUUGUUUUUGGGAAGAGUGUGGGAGGGAAGGGAAGCCUUUCAAAGCGAAAUACAAACUUGUAAAUCAUAUCCGUGUGCAUACUGGAGAAAAGCCCUUCCCCUGCCCGUUCCCUGGCUGUGGCAAAGUGUUUGCACGAUCGGAAAAUCUUAAAAUUCACAAAAGGACACACACUGGUGAGAAACCAUUUAAGUGCGAGUUCGAAGGCUGCGACAGGCGAUUUGCAAAUAGCAGCGACCGCAAGAAACACAUGCACGUCCAUACGUCUGACAAGCCGUAUCUCUGCAAAAUGUGUGACAAAUCUUACACGCACCCCAGCUCCCUCCGAAAACACAUGAAGGUUCACGAAGCCUCCACUCAAGGAUCACAACCUUCUCCAGCAGCCAGUUCAGGGUACGAGUCAUCAACGCCCCCCACCAUUGUAUCGCCGUCGACAGAGAACCAGAGCAGCAGCUCCAUAUCGCCAGCAUCUUCGACAGUACAUCACACGACCAGUCACAGCACGCUGUCGUCAAAUUUUAAUGAAUGGUACGUGUAAAAAAAUAUUUUCAAAAGACUGCAGAAUUAGGACUGCUUGGAAUCAAAGACUGAAACGCCUAUUUGCGUGGACUGACAGAACACAAAAAAAGAAAGAAAAAGGAAGUCAAUUUUUAAAGGAUGUCUAGCAAAGAGUGAAAGCACUGCAUGGACGAGAUGCAAGGCCGAGAAAACAAGUUAUUUUUUCCAGUGAUUUUUUUUUACUAUUAUUUGGGGGGAAACUGCACAAAGUGAUCUCCGAUUGCAUGCUACCUGCGGGUCGUGGCUUGUUUUGUACAUAAAGAUUCACCCUAGUUCAAAAUGUAAUAUUUUAUUUUGUAAAUAGGUAUAUUACAGUUUAAGGGAAUUUGUGAAAAUGUGGUCCCUAGAUAUAUGGAAAAUGAGAUGGUUUUUAAAGAAUAUUGCGAUGAAUAGUCUUGAUUGAAAAGAAUGUUAUAGUCAAUGUGUACCAAAUGUGAAUUACUCAGUAUUACUGCAGUCAACACGUCGACCUAACCGACUAUUAGUAUUAAUGUGCUUUUGUAUACAGUGCAACAUUUCGUCUGAAGUCCAGUCUGAGUAGCACAGUACCAUUGUUGUUAUUUAAUGUCAUGUCGAUAAAUCGUGUAGUGAAAGCCUGAAACUCCGUGUCAAUCUGUUUAUGUAAGUGAGAAAAUAUAAAGCUAUCUGUCUAUUACCAUGGCAAUUGCAAGAAAUUAUUACCUGUAUAUAACUCCAUUUUCCAUAUUUAUCCGCAUGUAAAGGGCCGGUAACACAUGUUAGAAUUGAUCGGUAUUUAUGGAGAAAUGCGUUCGUAGGCAAUGUAAAAUUUAGUUUACAAAAUAAUGUUUGGUUACAUUUCGUACAAUAUUAAAGUAUUAAAAGCACAAGAAGAA